CCACAACGGGAAUUUCGCAUCAGAUUUGGGUCCACAAAAAGUUUCAAAGUAAAUAAGAUAAUGUAGGAAAAAGACGAACUUGUAGUUUACCUUAGUAAAUUUACUGACCUAUCGUUGUUACUCUAUACUGUCUUGUUCCAUUGCUAUCUUCCAGCCUCUCGUUUUCUUUCCUCUGCAUUAACUGUAGAUGCUGUUUCCUCUUUCUAUCUAUUCUAGUUUACUCCUUUUGCGACAUUCCCAAAUUCCUUGUGAGAACACUACUACCUAGUCCUGUUAUCACUCAAUUCUUAAUGGAGUAGCUUGGAGAAAGGGAUAUUACAUGCGCAGAGAAAUCAGACCUUCUGAUGGCACCAGGUCUUUGAUUUCAUAUAAAUCCAUUUCCAGAAUUAUUGGCCAAUUCUGGCUCUAUGUUGUGAACAUGAAGACAGGUUUUGGUUACAGGAUGCCGAGGGAUGCUUAUUGUAAUAAUGGAAGGGAUCAUUUAAGGAACCACAUUCACAUGACUAAUUGCAUUCACUUAAGAUACCACAUGCAUAAGCAUGGUGGCAUAUUGUCUGAAAGGUCUCUAAUGAAGGAUCCUAAUGGUGGUUCUCCACACUCAUGGUAUUCUCCUGGUGCUGACCAUAUGCUUCUUACCAGAGCAGCAGAGGAUGCAUUGGUCAAUGGAACAUGCAAGGAGUGUCCGAGAUUGUCGAAGAGGUCCUCUAGAGUUGAAGGUUUAUUGGUAUCGAAAGCAGAAAAGGCUGGGAGUUGCAACAGCACCAAGAAUGGCAUUCAUGGCAAUAGAAGAGUCAAGAGAGGAGAAUCCAGCAGAUGGUUUCAUGACAACAAUGUACUUUGCUGUGACGACAACCAUCCGCAAGGUGGAAUCCGUUUGAGGAAUUUCAUUGUUUCGGGACACUCUGAGUCGAGAAACAAGGAUAUGACCAUUAAGGCUAACUCUAACCAGGUAAAAGAAAUCACCUCCAAGCACAAUAGUGUUGCAUUGUCUUGUAACUGUGGAAGGAGAUCCCAAGUUAAAAAGAUUGCUGGAGAGGCAGAAUUCACAAAGAGUCGGCGUCGUGGAAAUGAUUUCGAUAAAAGGCGCAAGUUUCAGGGUACAAGAAUACAUUGCUCAACUACAGCUUCCUUACAUGCUGAAUCUCAAAAUGAUAUGUCAGUGGCACACAGCAAUCAGAAUAUCACUGGUGUCCGAGAUAAAGGCUAUGGCAGUCCAUCGAAGAGCUCAAGGAUUCGUCAUAGGGGAAAGAACCGGUCUGAACACCAAUUAAAGAUUGGAGGUUCUAUAGUUGGAGGAAGGGCUUUCUCUGACAUCUCCGAGCAGUCAAGUUCAUAUACUAUAUCUGAUUUUGAAGCAUUGCCCCUACUGUUUGAUGCUUCUGGAUCACUGGGAAGUAUCAACCACAAUGCUCGGGUUCAUAAUUGUGAAUUAGGCAUUUCUGCUGAUGAGCAACACAAACUUCGGAGGCAGCUGACUUAUAGACAUCAAAAUAUAACUCAGAAAUACAUGCCAAGAACAUUUGGAGACCUGGUGGGGCAGAAUUUGGUAGUACAGGCUCUUUCUAAUGUCAUUGCCAAAAAGAAAAUAGGAUUUCUCUAUGUCUUCUAUGGACCUCAUGGAACUGGAAAAACAACAUGUGCGCGAAUAUUUGCAAGAGCAUUGAAUUGUCAGUCUCCGGGGAGCCACAAACCUUGCGGAUUGUGUGAUCCUUGCAUGGAAAAUGAAACAGGGAAGAGCAGAAACGUAGUGGAAAUAAGCCCAAUUCGUAAUCUUGACUUUGGUGUCAUGAAACCUUUUGGUAGCACAUUCGAUUCAUGGCAUCAUUCUUAUUAUACAGUGUUCAUAUUAGAUGACUGUGAUGCUUUAUCCACUGAUUAUUGGAGUGCCGUACUAAAGGCCAUUGAUCAAGCACCCCGGAAGGUUGUUUUUAUUCUUGUUUGUACGAGUAUCGACGUCCUGCCUCAUGUCCUAAUAUCCAAGUGCCAAAAAUUCUAUUUCCCAAAGCUAAAAGAUGCAGAUAUAAUACAUACACUUGAGGGCAUAGCAGCCAACGAAGAUUUGGAGAUCGAUAAAGAUGCUCUGAAGCUUAUAGCAUUGAGAUCUGAUGGAUCUCUGAGGGAUGCUGAGAUGACUUUGGAACAAUUGAGUUUGCUCGGACAGAGAGUUUCCUUGUGCCUGGUGCAGGAACUGGUUGGGCUUAUAUCAGAUGAGAAAUUGGUGGAUCUACUCGACUUAGCAUUAACUGCAGACACUGUGAACACCGUGAAGAAUCUUAGAGACAUAAUGGAAUCUGGAGUCGAGCCAUUAGCUUUAAUGUCGCAGCUUGCUACUGUUAUAACUGAUAUUCUAGCAGGAAGCUAUGAUAUGAUGACAGAAAGGCAAGGCAGGAAGUUUUUCCGGCAGCAAACGUUAGUGUCCAAAGAAGACAUGGAAAAGUUGCGGCAAGCGCUGAAGACACUCAGUGAAGCAGAAAAACAGCUGAGGCUGUCGAACGACAAGCUCAUCUGGCUCACAGCUGCAUUGCUGCAGCUGGCUUCUGAUCAGCCUUCCAUGCUACCAAGUUCCUCAACCGAUUCAGGUUUGAUUCAUCGUAAGAACAAAUUAGAAGAUAUUUGGCUGGAAGUGCUUGAAAAGAUCCCGGCAACCAGCAUAAAAGAGUUUAUGCAUCAGGAAGGGAAGCUGAUCAAAAUCAGUGGCGAUGGAGCAGCUCCAACCGUGCAUUUGCUGUUUAAUUCGCCAUCGACGAAAUCCAAGGCCGAGAAGUACAGAUCACACAUCCUACAAGCAUUUGCUUCGGUUCUCAGAUCCUCUGUGACUGUUAACAUGGAAUGUGAAUCAAUAAAAAGCGAGACCGUGCCAGGGGAAGGACCAAUUCCAUUACCACUGCCACCGCCAUUGGAAACUGAUGAUCAAAGAAAAAUCAAAGGCGAAGGAGGCAGCAACCCAAGCCUCAGCCUUGUAGGAACUAAGGUAUCCUUAGCUCAUAUAAUCCUGCAGCAUACAGAGCAAGGAUGUUCAAAACACAGCGGAUGGCUGAAGCAAAAAGCACUCUCCAUUGCUCAGAAAAUGGAGCACCAAAAUCUCAGGAAGCUAGAGUCAAGAUCAAGGAGAUUGGAUUGCUGGAAACCUGGAAUGCUGGUGUCCAGUCGUAAUCGUAAGAUUUUGAGGCUGAAAAUUAGAAGGAGGCCACAAAUGUUGCUGAAAUGUGCCUCAUCCUGUUAUGGCUAUGGCUAUGGCUAUGGCUUUGGGAGGUGUCCCACUCCAACUGUCAUGUCUCCAGACUCUGCUCGCCAAAGUCACAGUCACAGUCAGAGUCAGAGUAAGAGAUGAAGGGAAGGCGAGGAUGCUUUGACUAAGCAGAUGCCACUUGUCGAACACGACGUCGUUUGCCGUGUCAUUUCAAAUAUGGUUAGUCUCCUCCUAUCCUAUCCUAUCCUAUCCUACCUAUUCCCUAUUUUGUUUAAUCUUAAUUGAUUGUGUCAUGCCAAGUCAAGCCAGGCAUGUUUUGUUUUGAAUCUUAUUAAAUAUAUAUAUAUAUAUAUAUGUGUAUAAAUUAAUAUUUUUUAGAAAUAAUUAAUAACUUUGAAUGUAGUCCAAUAAUAGUGAACACACCGUUUGUAUCGAAGAUCAAAACGAGUGGUGGUAAACGAAGAGAUAAAAAACGCAUGGGCCAUGGCUAAAAGCAGUGUCAGUGGGGUACACUUUGUUUUGCUUUUUUUUACUGCCGAAAAUGAAGAAAACAUACACUGAAAAUCAUAAUGGUCAACUUUCAUUAACGAAGCUACAGAACUCCUUCCUCU